AUGAUGGACGAUAGCCAGAGACACAGGCGGGAUUCUUGGGCAUCGAAUCGGGUUAUGAGCUAUCAUAGCUUCAUGUCUAUAAACUGUCCCCAAUAUACUGCGGCCAAAACCAUGUUCGUGUCUCACGACCAGUUCAAAUUCGAGCUUGCCAAUAGUCUGGAUGAAUCCAUGCUGAAGAAGUUCGAUAAUCGCAAGGUCUUUAACAAUUGGUCACUUCCAAGAAAUCCUUUCAGCUCCUCAACGAAUCAUGCCGUCCCACGACAGACCAUGCCGUAUGCGCAUAGUUGCAAACCAUUAACAAAAUGCCAGCUGGACAAGAGUCUAGCACACUCGGCCGUCCCAGAAAGAAGCGCGUUGGCCGCGGUAUUGACGGCUGCUCAUGAGCCCGCUGAUCCGGACUGCUCUCAGACUCAUUGGUCGAGAAAGCGUAACCGUGGGUCUGCCACGGAUGAUGCUAUUAUUUCCAUUCAAGGCAGAUGUGCGCGUACUGGCGACACCAAAUCUCACAUGAAUUACGUGGAUAUACCCACAGCACAUAUCGAUUUCUACACUGCCGGGCCAAGGAGUCCGACAUCUGCGACACUGGGCGGGGAAUCCAGCUUGCAAAGGGUUUCUCGCACUGGUGAAUUGCUGCGCAAUGGAGAAGGCACUCUCAGAGCUUCACCGAUGCCGACGCUUACAAUGCUACCACACGACGGCCCAUGUAAGUCACAUCUUGACACGCCACUUCCACUGAUCCACUUACCGCGGAGAGCCAUACCACGCCAGCGCCAGCUUAGCAAAAGCCAGCCCCUGUCUUCACCGCGUAAAUCAACUAAGCCACCAACAGCCAGUAUCACCUGCAUCCAAGGCUUCUACAUGUGCGAGUGCUGCCCAAAGAAGCCAAAGAAGUUUGCGACAGCCGAAGAGCUAAGAGCUCAUGCAGCCGAAAAGCAAUACGAAUGCUCAGUUUGUGGCAACCGCUUCAAAAACAAGAAUGAGGCAGAACGCCAUCUGAAUAGUUUGCACGUUCGGCGACACAGCUGGUCAUGCUCAGUGCUCCUCUCCGCGGGUUAUAACAAGGCAUUCCACGAAGAUAUAAACUGUCCCGGCGCAGCUGACGUAUGUGGCUACUGCGGUGCACAGUUUCUCCGAGGUGGUGGUGCUGCUGAUCGUGCGCUUCUUCCAACAGAGCAGGACUGGGACGAACGGCUUCGCCAUCUUCAAGAGAUGCACAACUUUUUGGGGUGCAACUUCAGGAAGAAGUUCUUCCGUGCUAACCACUUCCGCCAACACCUUAAGCAUAGCCAUACAGGCAUGAGCGGUAAAUGGACGAAUGUACUCGAGACUGCGUGCAUGAUUCAAGAAGAGUCUGGGUUACGUUAA